UCUGUCAUUUGCGUCACACACAGACAUCACUGCUGAUCAGGAAACUAAACGCUUUCAUUUUGCGCUAUCUUUCUUCCUCGAUCUCGCGGAAAUAACCACUUACAGAAACUUUUCAAUAUGGUUAAAGUUUCUUUUAACAAGGCUCUCGCCAUAAAGGAUCCAAAGAAGGAAAUUCUCAUUCCUGGUGUACAGGAUUCUGAGGCAGCGGUGUUGGUGCGUCCGCAGUCUAAGGUGUGGUGCUGGUGCUUCUGUCUGGGAUUGGCUCUCGUUCUCUCUGGCGUAGUGGUGGGAGGAGCCUACCUAUAUAGAUAUCAUGCGCUUGAGAUGCAGGAGAUCGUGGCUGGCAGAGCAGAUGAUAGGAAGGAUACACACACCUCUUUGCAAUUGGAGGAGCAGGUGUUCGUCUGUGGGUUGAAGUACUUUGAGGAAGACUAUGAGUUUGAUGAGGAGGUGGAGGUUGAGGCGCCGCUGAGGCUGAUUGAAGAGAAUGUGAGUUUUUUCGAAGACGAUGAGGUGGAGCUCAUCAAAGUAGCAGUCCCUGAGUUCGCAGACGGCGAUUCAGCUGGCAUCCUGCAUGACUUCACCAUGAAACUGACUGCUUACCUCGACCUGAAUCUAGACAAAUGCUACAUCAUCAACCUGAACACAUCUAUUGUCAUGCCGCCCAGAGAUUUCCAGGAGUUCCUGGUCAACAUCAAGGCAGGAAUGUAUCUUCCUCAGACAUACCUUGUGCGAGAGGAGAUGAUGAUUACAGAGAGGCUGGACAGCACCAGUGAUCUGGGCUAUUACAUCAAUAAACUGUGCAAAGACAAAGACACGUACAGACUGCAGCGCAGAGAAACUAUACUGGGUAUGCAGAAACGUGAGGCUCUGAACUGCCACACGAUCCGCCAUUUUGAAAACAAGUUUGUUGUGGAGACUUUGAUCUGCGAGCCAUGAAGAACAUGAACCUCUGACGCAGCAGCAGAUCUUCAGCUCUUCCUUUCAUUCAGUGAAAAGAGUUUCUUUUGUGCCUGCUUGUUUUUUCAUAGGCCUUUUUUCACAUAUAUUUUUUUAAAAUCUAGAAUGUGAAAUUGUUUUUUCUGCACAAAGAGGUAUAUUAUAUUUGAGUGUACAUGUAAUGAGUGUCUUAUGCUAUUUUAUGAAUAUUAGGCCUAAUAAAGGGACAUAUUGCGCACAAGAACAAAAAGGGAUUAACAAUGAUUUUAGCCUAUAUAGAAGCCCAAUCAGUUUAGACAGUAAGUAAUUUAAUAAUUAAGAGUUUAUUCCAUGAGCUUGCUGAAAAAGUAUGAUUUUUUUGUCUUUAUAUAAAAGUGUUUCUGUUGUAUUCAACAUUUGCAACAUCUACUGUAUUUCAAUUUGGUCCUGUUCAAAGGUUUCAGCAAAUUACUGUAUAAUCUGGAUCACAAUGUUGCAGCGUCACAAUUUGAAGUAUUCUUGAAUUUGCGUUUAAUUUGUAGAUCUAUUUCGAAUAACCAUACAAACAGAACACUUCCUUUAAAAUGUUCCUAUCUGAAAUGACUUUUUGUUCUUUGCUAAUUUGUAUAUAAGCUAAACACUCUUCUGUCUUUAGACACAAGCUCCAUAUAAGAAAAAAAAAUAAACAGAAAAAUCAGA